UUUUACUAUUUCGUGAGUUUUAUUUUACUAUAAAUAAAUGGGCAAUGUUUUAUAAAAUUUACGAUUAAUAUGGGCGAUAUCUUAUAUAGGGUUAAGCUAUAUUUACUAAAUGAUAAACGUGCUUGGAAUGAUAAAGGUACAGGACAUAUUACAUCCUUCUACUCACAAGCACAAGAAGAUAAAACAAUCACUUUAUUAGUACACUCUGAGAUUGAUGACAGUUUAUUAUUAAAACAUUUAAUUGCAUCAGAUAUUGUUUAUCAAAAACAACAAGAUACAUUAAUAUUAUGGACAAAUAAAAAUGGAAAUGAUAUAGCCUUAAGUUUUCAGGAAAGGCAAGGGCGAGAUGAUAUAUGGAAUAAAAUUUGUGAAUUCCAAGGUAAAGAUCCUAACAUAUGUAUCGAUGAAGAAAUUGAAGAAGAUUAUAAUGACACAGAAAUGAAUGAAUAUACAUAUCAAGAAAAUAUUCCAGAUGAUUCAUUAAUUAAUAAUCCACAUUCAUCUCAUAAUCAUAUUAAUUUAGAUUUUAAUGAAUCAAUAACAUCUUAUGAAAAUAUGCAAAAUAUUGAAUAUAAUUAUCAAGAAAAUAAAUCUAUUAAGGCAUUAACAAAUGAUAAUGUUGACGAUGAGGUUAAUGAAAAAAGUUCUGAAUAUAUGGUUAACAUAGGUGGAGAUAAUGAUUAUCUUUAUAAUUCAUUAAAUGAUUUUACUGGUAAGAGAAAAGAUACACCAAGAAAAUCAAAAGGUGAAACUAACCAGAAGAAGGCUAAAAAUGAUACUCAUUCCUUUAAUUUUAAUUAUGAAGAAGAUUUUGAUAAUAAUGAUGAUAAAUUUUCUACUUUAAAUGAUAAUUUAGCUUCAAAUUCAUAUAUUCAAAAUAGUUUUAGUUUUUUUGAAAAAUCGAAUUCUUCACAAAUCUUACUCAAUCAUGAUAAGGAUUAUUUUAUUAGUGAUAGUCAUAUGGGUCUUAACAAUGCAUUAAUCUUACCAGUAUGUGACAUAAAUCAUUUGUCAGAAAUUUCUAAUAUAAUUUCAGAGCACGUGGGUCAUGGUAGCAUAGUUGGUAUGAUGCAAGCUAAUAAGCGUGAAAGAUUAGCUUUAGCUAUAGAAAACCAAAAUUAUGUUGGAAAAAUACUUGAAUUAUUUAGAAUAUGCGAAGAUUUAGACCACAUAGAAGGCUUGCAUCAUAUUUACCACAUAUUGAAAAACUUAUUCUUACUUAAUAGGAAUGCAAUACUUGAAUUAUUGUUAGCUGAUGAUGCAAUAGUUGAUGUUAUUGGGUGCCUGGAAUAUGACCCAAUUGUAUCUUUAGAACAGGAAAAGGUUGAAUAUUCUUUGGCUGACAACAUGCUUAAAUCAAGCUUAAAAAAGCAGGACAUUAAUAAUUUGGUAAUCACCCAAUGUGAAACAUAUUCAAAUACUAAAAAUGAUAUGAAUAAAUUUAUUGAAGCUAAUAAAGAUGAUGUAAUAGUUUCUUCUACUAUUGAAUCUGAGUCAAACAAAGAAAAUACUGAUAUAUCUCAAAAUGAUUACAUGAAACUAGUCAAAGACACACAGGUGCCAGUAGCCACAAGCAUUUCAGACACCAAAAACCCUGACAUUUUAAUCAACACAAUAGGUAUUGAGGAUAUGGUUGAAAAAUCUGUGUUUACUGAAUUAAAAGACACUAAAAAUUUUAUGGAAAUGGGUGUUGCCAAUUUAGAGUCUAUGGACUGUGAUAAAUUAUCUUUAUCUACCACUGAUACACAAAAUACACAAUUAUUGACCAAAAAUAUUCUAAAAUUAGAUGCAUCUUUAUCUAGUUUACAUGAGGAUACAAAAGAAGCACAGCCUGUAUCGAUUAUUCUUUCAAAUUAUCAAAAGCAAAAUCACCGAGAGUACAUACUCAAGGAUGCUAAAUUUAAAGAAGCCAUCCACAUAACUAAUAAGGAAUUGCUUAGAAAAAUACACCAAACUUACAGAGUCCAAUAUAUUCAAGAUGUAAUCUUUCCCCAGCCUUCUAUAUUUGAAGAAAAUGUAUUAUCUUCCCUUACUUCCUUCAUUUUCUUCAACAAAUUGGAAAUUGUCAAUUACAUUCAAGAAGAUGAUAAACUCUUGGUAGAAGUUUUCAAUCAAUUAUCAUCCGAUAUCAUAAAUAUAGACCAAAAACGUAAUUUGAUUUUGUUUGUUAAAGAGUUUUGCCUGUUUUCCCAAACACUACAGUCUCAGAGCAAGGAAAGCUUUUUUAAAGCUUUAAUGAACAAAGGAAUUUUAUCCGUUUUGGAGUCUAUCCUGCCUUGUGAUGAUGAAAUAACUCGUAAUGCCAUGAUAGAUAUCUUAUGGUUUUUGGUCGAAUUCAAUCCCUCUAAUAUACGGGAAUUUGUUCUGAAGGAGUGCUACACCAAUCAAGACGAAGACACAUACCUAUUGAAUGUUUUGAUUGAUCAAAUGAUUUGUGACCCCGAUCCAGAACUUGGGAAUGCUAUGCAAAUAUCGCUGAUACUUAAGACUAUAGCGGAUCCAGAUAACAUGACUACAACUGUAAAUAAAAGCGAAAAGAACGAAUUUUUAAGUUUUUUCUACAAGCACAAUAUGCACAUCUUGAUAGCCCCUCUACUCGCCAAUACUACUGAUAUGGCGCCUAACAAAGACGACUACCGCACGGCUCAUUUACUUAGUAUCAUAAUCGAAAUUCUCUCGUUUUACGUGUCGCAUCAUACCUUUCAUUCCAAAAAUUAUUUCAUAAACAAAGAUUUGCUGAGGAGGGCCUUAGUACUCACGAAAUCGAAACAUCACUUCUUAAUCCUAUGCGCUUUAAGGUUGAUGCGAAAUAUAAUCAAUCUAAAGGACGAUUUUUACAACAGGUACAUAGCUAGGGGCUACUUGUUUAAACCCAUAGUCGACGCAUUUGAGAAGAACGGAACCAGAUAUAAUUUACUCAAUUCUGCUACACUUGAAUUAUUCGAAUACAUUUACAUGGAGGAUCUUAAAACCCUUCUUAUUCACGUGGUUGAAAAUUACUACGACAAAUAUUUCGCAAAAAUAACAUAUAGUGAUGUUUUUAAAAAAUUAAAAACUCGUUGCGAUCAACACACCGAUGCAUCUUCCAAUAAUUUUUGUCGAAAUGGACUUCCCGGAAAUGCAUUGAGUUAUAACGCCUCAUCCACUAUCCCACGCCACAAUAUGUCUCAACCCGUGACAGCCUCUCCUAAUUCCAAAAUUAUACGUCAUCGGCAUAUAUCUCCAUCCACCUCGGUAACUUCCUCCACCUCCUCUUCUCGGAUAGCACCUCAAGAUGGCGUAGAUGAAGCCACGGACGAGGAGGACGAUACCACUGAUGAAGAUAUCGAAGAAGGGCCUGAUGAGAUAAUAGAUGAAGAUGUAGAGGAUGAAGAGGUUGAAAGGAAAAGAGAAGAAAGCUGGUUUGACGGUGAUGACAACGAGGAAGAAGAGAAUGAUAUAAGUGAUGCGAAUGAAUUAGGAGAUAUAGAAAAGAAGAAUGAAUUAGAAACCCUAAAAAAAGAUUCCCUGCUGAGCUUAACAAAAAUUUCAAAACCUCCACAAACAUUUUCAUCCCGCGUCACCCUCCAUCUUAAAAUAACAGCUAAAUCCGAAAUCCAAACUACUCAAAAUCUUGCGGGCCAAUCGUUGUUCAAAAAUUCAUUUUCCUCUAUUGUUGAAACAACCACAUCUAAUAAUCCAAUAUUCGUUUCUACCCCUUCCAGUUUACCGAUCGUCUCAUUUUCCCUCAAUAAUACAUCGUCCAAAAAUAGUAAUAGUUGUAUUGAAAUCGAUUCCAUCAUCUCAGAAUCUAAUUUGCCUAUCAAAAAAUCGAGCAUCGUGGGGACCAACUCUAAAUUAACUAAUAGGCCACCAUUCGUUGUAAAUAAGACUGUUUUGUCUAAAAUCGUUACCUCGCCUAUCGUCACAAAUAUCGACGAUAUUACCAAUAAGACUUCAUUACCUAGCUUGGUCGAUUAUCCUGACGAAGACUCUGAAGAUGAAAUCAGUGACUAAUUUAUUUAAACCCUAAUUAUAUAGAAUAUUGAUAUUUAUUUUUUUUAGUAAUGUAUAUAAAAAUAAAUCUACAUCGUGUAUGCAUGUUAUAUUAUUCGUUUUUAUUUAUAAUUCUUUUAAAUGUAAUAUAAAUUUUACUAU